GGGCGUCUGCGCGAUCCCGGCCGGCGGGGGAGAUGUGCUCGGGCUCCGCCGGAUCGGUUUCUCGGGGUUUGACCAGCUGUCCCGGGCUAACCCUGCUCCUCGCUGAAGAUGGAGGAAGUAAAAACAGGAUUACCCUUAGCUACAGAUCCACUGCCUUAGUUUCCACCACCAACUGCAGUGCACAAACACACGUUAGGCACAGGAAAGAAAGAAAGAGAGAGAGGGAGAGGACACACUAACAGUAAACACAAACAAAAGGGUGAUGGGAUUAUUUUACUGCAUGCACUGCUGAGCCCGACAUUGUCACCUCCUCUUUGAGGGGUUAGAAGAAGCUGGGAUCUCCCGACAGAGCUGGAAAUGGUGAUGAAUGUUUUUUAAUCAAAGGACAAUUUCUUUUCACUGCACUUUGACUAUGGAAACAGAGGCUAUUGAUGGCUACUUAGCAUCAGGUGACAAUGAGCUUUCACCUGAAGGGGAGCACGCCAAUAUGGCCAUUGACCUCACCUCAAGCACACCCAAUGGACAGCACGCCUCACCAAGUCACAUGACAAGCACAAAUUCCGUAAAGCUAGAAAUGCAGAGUGAUGAAGAGUGUGACAGGAAACCCCUGAGCCGCGAAGAUGAGAUCAGGGGCCAUGAUGAGGGGAGCAGCCUAGAAGAACCCCUAAUUGAGAGCAGCGAGGUGGCUGACAACAGGAAAGUCCAGGAUCUUCAAGGCGAGGGAGGAAUCCGGCUUCCGAAUGGUAAACUGAAAUGUGACGUCUGUGGCAUGGUUUGCAUUGGGCCCAAUGUGCUUAUGGUACAUAAAAGGAGUCACACUGGUGAGCGCCCCUUCCACUGUAACCAGUGCGGAGCUUCUUUCACCCAGAAGGGCAACCUUCUGAGACAUAUAAAGUUACACUCUGGAGAGAAGCCGUUCAAAUGUCCUUUCUGUAGCUAUGCUUGUAGAAGAAGGGACGCUCUCACAGGACACCUCAGGACCCACUCUGUGGGUAAACCUCACAAGUGUAACUACUGUGGACGAAGCUACAAGCAGCGCAGCUCACUGGAGGAGCACAAGGAACGCUGUCACAACUAUCUCCAGAAUGUCAGCAUGGAAGCUGCUGGGCAGGUCGUGAGUCACCAUGUACCGCCUAUGGAAGAUUGUAAGGAACAAGAGCCUAUUAUGGACAACAAUAUUUCUCUGGUGCCUUUCGAGAGACCUGCUGUCAUAGAGAAGCUCACGGCAAAUAUGGGAAAGCGCAAAAGCUCCACUCCACAGAAGUUUGUGGGGGAAAAGCUGAUGCGAUUCAGCUACCCAGAUAUUCAUUUUGAUAUGAACUUAACGUAUGAGAAGGAGGCUGAGCUGAUGCAGUCUCAUAUGAUGGACCAAGCCAUCAACAACGCAAUCACCUACCUUGGAGCUGAGGCCCUUCACCCUCUGAUGCAGCAUGCACCAAGCACAAUCGCCGAGGUGGCCCCAGUUAUAAGCUCAGCUUAUUCUCAGGUCUAUCAUCCCAACAGGAUAGAGAGACCCAUUAGCAGGGAAACAUCUGAUAGUCAUGAAAACAACAUGGAUGGCCCCAUCUCUCUCAUCAGACCAAAGAGUCGACCCCAGGAAAGAGAGGCCUCUCCCAGCAAUAGCUGCCUCGAUUCUACUGACUCAGAGAGCAGCCACGAUGACCACCAGUCCUACCAAGGAAACCCUGCCUUAAAUCCCAAGAGGAAACAAAGCCCAGCUUACAUGAAGGAGGAUGUCAAGGCUUUGGAUGCUACCAAGGCCACCAAGGGCUCUCUGAAGGACAUCUAUAAGGUUUUCAAUGGAGAAGGAGAACAGAUAAGGGCCUUCAAGUGUGAGCACUGCCGAGUCCUUUUCCUAGACCAUGUCAUGUACACCAUUCACAUGGGUUGCCAUGGCUACCGGGACCCACUGGAAUGCAACAUCUGUGGCUACAGAAGCCAGGACCGUUACGAGUUUUCAUCACACAUUGUUCGAGGGGAGCACACAUUCCACUAGGCCUUUUCAUUCCAAAGGGGACCCCUAUGAAGAACUGCACAGGAAGAAAUAACUGCACUUACAGUCCCACCUAUCCUCAGAUGGUGACACACUUUCUCCUUAACGCUGUCACUGUCUCUAAUUCUUAUUUUGUGGACAACGUGUCAUUUGCUCUGCCUAAUUACAUUAAGAAAGAAACAAGAGAAAAGGGAUGGGAUGUUCACUGAUGCCAUGGCUUGUUUAUGUUGUGGGCCUCUAGAGUAGUUCGUUUCUGCCAUGCAUCCAUAUUAAGGCCUUCCAUGCUUUGGGGAAUCAUUGGGUUCAUAGAGAUUCACCUAAAAUAUUCUGAUUUGCCAUUGAUGUUCAGGAUUGUGAUGAAAGACAGGAAAGCUUAGAGUUUUCUGGGUAGGACUUUGGCAAUUUGAAACGGUCUAAGUAAUUUUAUUCUCAAAGAUGUUUCAAAAUGUAAACCCAUUUUAUUUUCUGUCCUUAGAGAUCAUGGAACACAAACACAUUGUUAUUUUCAAUAACUGCUAGGAUGAGUUGACUUGUUGUGGGUUCUAUGUUUACCUCCCCUAUGGAAUUUGUAAUUCAGUAUGUUUUACACUGUAUCAUAUAGUAAAACUUUUAAACUACAGGUAGUUAAGGGCCACUGCAAUACAUCUGAGGUCCUUUGAUCUUAUUUUUCUAAACUUGCGCACUGUUUUUCCAUAGUUUUGAUGACUGGCAUUUUAUAGACACCCUGGCAGCCUUACUUUUAACACCUGUAACAAAUAGUAUUUUUAUGUAGUUUUCAAAAUAACAUAUGGCCUAAGAGUGGGUAAGAGGCAGUCAGUAAUUUCCAGGAAGAAUUCUGCUUUUCACAAUUUGAGAUUUUUUUCUUCUAAGUUGUAAUGCGAUGGCAGCCUAGUAUACAUAUUUGUUUCUAAAGGUGUGUUUACGAUCGUCACUUUAUCAUCAUUUAAUCAGUGUUAACCAGUCAGCAGAAAAGUGUCAUUAGGCUAACAGUAGGGGGAAAUCCCACUCUGAGAACCCUUUUCUGGUAUUUUUCUUCAAGCUGUGACCACUCAGUGUUCUAUCCAUAGUCCAUUCCUCUUGACUUUUGGAAUAGAAGAUCUUAAGAAGCCUGGCUACCGGCUGCUUCCUUCUAAAUCUUGGAGCAGGUAAUUGGACCUGGACAUGGUCACUUGAACCCUGGAAGGUCAUUCAUUAACUAGGGCUAUUUAUUCCACUAUUUCUUCAGUAAUAACAGUACUACCUUUGCUGCAGACAAAAGGGAACUUCUUUGUAACCUUAAUAUCACACUGCAGGUCAAACAAAAGAGCAACAAAAUUUUCUUUUACCCUUCUUGGAGUUGAGAAAGUGAUAGUCUUCAGGUAAAGGUCCUGCACUUUAAAAAAAGAUUUUAAAAAAUCAACUCUGUAAGUCCUUGUCAGAAAUGCAUCACAAUCCCUUAGUAGAGAAUUUUCUGUUUUCUCUUUAUUUGCACAGGGCAUAUACUUCCAUGUUUCAUGUGCAGGUUUUAAGUUGAUCUCUCUGAGUGCUUGGCUUUUUCUGUGGAGUCUACUGGCAUUUGUGAGUGGGAUUGGAGCACACUGUUCUCAAGUCAAUAGGGAGAAUGCAUUUGGCAGACAUACCUUGCUGCUUGUGUUUCACUAAACUAGCAUGACCAUGAUUGGAUUAUCUGAUAGCCGUUUGCAAAUGCUGAAGGUCUGCUAAACAGUAACAAUAAGUGUUCCAACAGACCCUCGAAUAGGAUGCUGAAGCCAUGGGACUGCGGUGUGACCUGGGUAGUAUCAGGAACUAUUUACUGAUGAGCAAGCAGUGUUCUCUUAACUGGCUUUGCAAGUUUCCAUCUGUUUGCUUGAAGAACUUUUUAGCUCUAACAUAGCUAGAGCUAGGUAGAAAAAUUCUGACUUAGCUCUUUGACUGAUCUCUAUCUUAGUUAUUUCUGGACAAAUGUCCAAAUGGAUCCCUUACUUGUAAGACAAUGCACCAAAAGAGAGAUAUAGCAAAUGCCAACUGCUUGGUUUUUCAUUUUCUGGGUUUUUUUUGCAUCCCUCAGUAAUUUGUGAAAACACAAUUUGCUCAGGGAGAAAGCGUCUUGUCAAGACAAUUACCCCCAGUUACCCUGCACACUCUGAAUCCUAAUGGAAUGGCAUUUGUGUUUAAAUGAGGUAAACAAUGUUAAGGCUUAUGAUUUUGUGUUUUUACUGCAAUUUAACAAAGCAUUUGGAUGUCUGUCCAUGUGUUCAUAAUUCUGGCCCUGUGAAUUUCUCUCUCCUCACACCUACUGUAUUAACAAUCAUGAUCUACCUGCCCUAGGAUUAAACUGAGUUUAGGUGUACCUAAAGAUUUGUGGACACCCCUUUUGAAGAUGGUACUAGCAUCUUCAAAAGGUAGUCCCUACCUUUCUAAUUCCAUCUUAGUGGAAAACCUGAUUUAGUCAAAAGAAUCAGCUAUGAAGGUGUAUCUGCUGUACAUAUACACCGGCAGUUUUUUUUUUUAAGAUGCAUGACUCAAGGUACAGAAAAAAAAAACAGAUGGCUCAGGUGUGACAGGAACAAAUGAGGACAAGGUGAAUUCAAACUUUCAUUGUAUGUCCACAAUGAAUUUUGUGGACAUAGUGCUGUUUGAGGGACUCUCAAAGACUUUUUCACCAAAGAGAAUAGGUGACACGGUAGCAUCCAAAAAUAAAUGUGAGGGCCAGAUACCAAAUAAAUCAAAUUUGCAUUAACACUUACAAGCCCAGUUUAUUUAGGUGAGAUUUAACAGUGGAGAAAGUACUUGAGGGGCAUGAAAAUGGGUUACCCUCUGCGUUUUCCAGUUUGGCAGAGAUUUAUCAGAUGAUUCUGUCCUAAUUUUGCCCAGACUUCUUCUUUUGUGGUCACCAGUUCUUUCUGCAGAAACACACUGCCUCUCUACUACUGAGAUGAAUUGCUGUUAGAAAGGCUUUCCAGAACAGUGACCAGCACCGUGAGAAGCAGAGAGAGGCACGAAGCACUAUCAUUCAAACAUUCCUUUGAGAGUUUUCUGAAGAAACGGGCAAAUGGGGGCUGACCGUUGAGAUUUAGUUUGAAGGGGCCUGUCUGGACUGUUUUAAUGCAUUACAGUUUGCAGGCACAUGUGUACCACACAUUCUUUUAAUGAAGAUUUAUGAAAAGAAGCGGUUAGCAUCACCAGAUGUGUUACAAAAGCUUAGAAUUAAGAGUACAGUUAAUACAUCAGCACUUAGGUCUACUUUACCAGGUUGUAUUAAGAAAUCCCGAAGUUUUCAGUGUGUCUUUAGGGCUGGUGGCAACUUAAAUCCCAUUUUUCCAUUAUCUACAUCUGUGGGUAGCGGUGGAGAGAGUUGACUGGUGAAAAUGUAAAGAAAUACAGAUUUUUUUUGAGAGGAAGAAAUGCAGGAAAUGAUUUAGCAACUUUGUCUUGUAUUUGUGCUUUUUGUGUCACAGUUGUGUACUUCACAAAACCUUGACUUUUGUGUGUCUUACAUUUUGACUUUGUAUUUCUCAAGUCUUACUUCAUCUUAUCUCCAAAAUGGUAAGUUAUGGUAGAAAGAUAGGCAGAGGAAGCCGUAUUGGACCAGGAAAGCUGCCCCUAGAUUCAGGACAGUGCCUAGACUAUCAGGAUAUCUGACUACACAUUUUUUAGCCCUGAAUUAUUCAUCUAUUAUAAAAUUGUAUAUUUGUGGUCAUCAUCAGUUAUAUUUCACGUUAUUUUAACAAGUACUGCCUGUGUGUAUUCUACAGUAAAAGCUCCCCAUAUUCAAAAGGGAAAAAAAUAAAGCAAGGGGUAAAUUUAAGCAUUGUGUAUAUAUAAAAGUUAUUUUAUGAAUAUUUUAGUCUUCCAGUUUCUGCAAAAUAAUUAAAAUAUACAGUAACUGGUCUCUUAAAUUCUAAAUUUAAUGUAUUAAAUACUUAAAAAUUUUGCAUUGGUGCCUUUUAAAUAUUCAUUGAGAGUGUUGGUGAGCUGUUUUAGCUAUACCACACUUUUACUGUGUAUUUUUAAAAAACACAUAAAAUUUAAAUACUCUAUAAUUCACCUUUGUGUUCUUAGCAAAAGAAAAAAAGAAAAAGAAAGGAAAAACUGCUAAAAGAAUUUCCAAACUUUCAGCUGAGCUGGCAAAAGUGACAAGAAAAUUUGAAACCAGAUUUUAAUCUUUUUAGCUUAAUAAUAUUUCUGAACACUAUUAUAUGAUAGAGAAGAAGUAGAAGGCAGAGUCACAUGACAGCAGCAAAUGGAAUUAUGCUGUGUUUUUGCUUUAUUCUUGAGGAAGAAUAUGUUUGCAUCACACAGGGUUUCUUUGUAGAAUUUGGGGUCAAUAAUUAUAGUAUUGUUUUGCAUUUCUUAUACCCAACUAGUGUUAAUCUAGUUUUGGAUCCUCUGACAUCUCACCAGUGGUUGGUUUAUGAAAUAAUGUGGAAAUACAGUGCAUUGUUUCUCCUUGAACAAAACAAAACACAGCACUUAUGUCAUAUAUCCCUUCUUGGAAGUGUCACCUCAGAUGUUUAGUACAGGGUUUGUCUGUCACUUUUAGCGUGUCUUCAACUAUGACAGCAGUUAAAAAAUGAGCUGCUGGUUGUAUAAAGUAGACAUCAUGUGACCAAGAAGCUGUAAUAAUGCUAGUGUUUCCUUCUGUCCUAGUAUACUCUUAAGCCAAAUUAAUGACACCUUGAAUAUUUUUACAUUUAUUACAGAGACCUAAAAUUUUGGAAUUUCCACAAGGUUUUUAUGUAACAUUCUAUUUCUAGUGGCUUUGUGUUCUCUUGCUGUACUGUGAGUUUGUGGGUAUUUUUUCAUAUGCACUCUUAGAAAUGAGUUCUUAAUUCUAUUUACGGUGUCUUUCUCCCAUAAUACUCCAUUUGUAUAUGUUCUGUACAAGUUUGUUAUAAAUUCACCUUUAUCCAUAUAAACAGUGGUACAUGAACUACUAGUUUCCUAAGGUGACUUUUAUAUUAUGAAUUAAUAUGAAAAUUUAGAGGUCAUAUGCUAAAUCACAGUAAGUACAGAAUAAAAACUUCCUAUGGGUACAAAUAAGCCAGUUUGCAGUGAAUCAGGCCUUCAGUUUACCUCACAUAACACAUAGUAAGGAAAUCUUGAACAGAUGGAGGCCACUGAAUCCACUACUAUGCACUUACUAGGAUAUCACUGAGUUUCAUUUACUGGAAAUGCAUUUUGAAAGGGAAUAUACUUUAACUGUAAUGAGAAAAGGAAUAUAGGUAGGGGUGGCUGAUAUUUGGUUGAUGUUUUGUUCUUUUUGAAAAGUUGUUGAAAUUACGAAACUGAUCUAAAAAAGGUUUUGGCUGUGGAGCACUUGAGAUUUUGUAUGUCGGUCAUGUGCCCCCUUCUGUAUGACUAAGUUGGGUUUUCACCUCCUUGGUUGUCACUUUGUCUCACAUCUUUGUCUUCGCUCUGUUCACAGCCCUUCCAUCAUUGUCUUUGGAUGUCUUUCUUGAUGCUCCUAAGAGUUGAAAGAGGGGAGUCAACUCUGAACCUCUGAUCCAUUAAGUCUUAAAAAUUUUUUUGGUAGUUUUAAUUAGCUCUAUAAUCUGCUGGUGUAUUUUUAUACUCAAGUGUAGUUUUGUAUUUUUAAAGCUUGGUUGGGUUGCGAUGGUAGCCUAUCUAAUUCUUAUUUUGCUUUAUUAUUAAAUAUGAAGCACCUAACAUGACUCCAGAGAUUCUGCAGAGUACAUGUCUGGUUCCUGUUUGCUUGUAUUUUAAAGAUAGAUAUCUGCCCCCCCCAACACUUAGAAAGAGGAUAAAAAUGUAGAGUCUUAACUUUCUUCCCCUUGCAGGGACAAGUGCUUUAGCAGUAAUAUUCCAGGCUCGGAGGGGGUCUCCUGGCCCUUUGCUUCCUCAAAUUUUAGACCGGGUGUUAUUUGCAGUUUCAGAAGGGUUACUUCCACUAUCUACUUUAACAGAUAUUCUUUCUGUCCAUAAAAGUGCAAUAUCCCUCUUGAAGUCUUAAAAACUAUGGUACUUCUUUUUUUUUUUUUUUUUUUUGACAUGUCUUCCUUUUGCCAAUGACAAAAGGAAACCGCUGGAAAUUAUAACAUGUCAAAGGACAUAACAAGCAAAGAUGAAAACCACUCCACUUUCAAAAGAUUAGAAAAUGUAGAAACAAAUGGCUUCUCUGACUUUCUAGAAGCUUCUUUUAGCCUAAAUAAACUUUGAAAUCAUGAGUGAGAAGUGUAUCUUGUCUUGAAAUCUGAACAGACUGGAUUUUUUUUCUCCCAAUCUUGCCUAAUGCUCUUAAGUUAAGUAACUAAUAUUUAAUGUUUUUAUUUCUUGUCCUUUUCGAAAAUAGCACUUCAGUCAGGUUUAAAUCCAUAUUACCUGUUGAAGAAAAAACUUUAAAUGUUUGAAGCAGACCUGUUUUCAUGCAGAUUGAGAAAUAUCUUUUGUGUCAUCCAUAUUUAUAUGCAGUGUGCUCUUUUCUUAUUUUUAAUACCUGUGUUCCUGUAGUAAAUCUGCUGUAGUGUAAAUACAUGUUUUGUUAAAAAGUUACCAUUUCUUUGACAUUUCUUUUGAAGGCAUUUACUGCAUUUGUACAGUAUGUGUCUUGGCUACUUACCUUUUUUUUUCUUUAACAAUACCAAAGGUAAUUAGACUAUUUUAAGGACUAAUUGCUUGUCAGUUUCUAGAAUACUUUGAUUUUUUAGAAGAAAAAAGGAAAAAAAUCAAACCAGUAAACCUCAUUUUUUCAAACUAAUAAUUUGGGGAAAUAAAAACUAUUGUUUAAAAAAGAAUAUAUAUAUAAAUAUCUGUAAAAUUAAAAUUCCAGACCUUGUGUGUCAGGUUUGCUCAGUGUAAUGUAGGGUUUUUGUUUUUGUUUUGUUUUUAAGGCUCAAAUACCUCAGAAAAUGGGGUUUACUGUGGAAAUAUUGCAACAGUCUCUGCAGCUGUGUGAGCUGUCACUUUGCUGCAUACUGAUUGGGAGACCUCCACUAAACAGUUUUAUCACUGCAGACUAAAAUGUGGGACUUUUCUUUGUUUUUAAUGCACACACAUACACGCUAUGUGCGUGUAAGUGGGUACUGUGUAUAUGUGUGUGAGUGUUGUAUAUGCAUGUGUGAACGUGUGUAUGUGUGUACAACUGAAGAAGCUGCAGAAACUUUGUAAUACUUUGUGAAAGGGUUAUAUUAUAAAGGUUUGUACUGUCUGAGUGCACAGCUACUGGAAUAAAUUUAGCCAAUCUCAGGAACAAGCAUAUAAUUUGUCCAAGAUUUAUUUCUUCUCAGAAGUGUAAGUGCAGUUUUUAAUUCUGUAUAUUAUUUAAUAUUUUACCAAUAAAAUAAACUUCUGACAGAAA